AUGUCCACCGUACUCAAGUGGUGUCUCGUCGGGAUCCUUGUCUUCGUGCGGUUUUCAUCCAGCCGUGGUGAUUCCGUUCCGGAAAGGUCGUUCGGCGCUUUGAGAUGCACUUCCGCCGACGGUCCGGGCACGUGUCUGUUCAAAGGCCUCAUCAAAAACGCCCUGCUGUACGCCGCUAGCCGAAGGGAAGACGUCUCGGCCGCCGCUACCGAUGAUACCAAACUAGCCGACGGCGGAGGUGGCCAUCUCCAGCAGCAGUCCAAAGGUAUUGAGGAAUACCUCAUGGAGCAAAUCCAGAACAUAUUCGGACUGUUUUCGUUUGGGUUCGAUCUGCCUGCCGAAGUCACCGCCCCGUGGUCGCUGCUCAAGUCGUCGUUUCUAAACGGUAGAGGCAAAAAGAACAAGAACCUCGGCCCAAUGUUGGCCGCCGGCGUGGCCGUGAUGGCCGGCACGCUGCUGCCGCUGGCGUUCGGCGCGCUGUUCAUGUUGGCCGGCAAGGCGAUCAUGACCAGCCUGCUGGCCAUCACCAUUUCCGGACUGCUGGGCCUGAAGUCGCUGUUCGGCAAACAGGAACAGGGCCACGUCAAGGCGUACUCCGCCCCGGCGGCGCACUUCACCGAGGCGCAGUUCGAACAGGAGCUGGGCGUGUACAAGGGCCAGACCGAGGCCAAGAUGCACAGCUCGUCGGCCAACUACUACGCUGGAGAGUCCAACCCUCCGGGCGCGUACUUCAAGGGCGUUCGGCCACCUCAACUUCAGCACGACGACGACGGGCCCGAACAGCCGGCCGAGUAUUACUCGUCGGGGGGGCCGAUGGCGCCCAAAAAAAUUGCCGUGGUCGAGAAAAACGACUAG